AGCCGCGUGUGGAUUAAAAUUCAAAAGCCGCCUGGUAAACCUAACCAAAGAGGGCCCGGGUCCAUUCCCCUCUCCAUCUGUUGUCCAUCUUCAUUAGUGGGCUGGAGUUUUCUAUAUAUACCGACGAAAUUAAUCAGUCUAUCCUGUCAAAAAACAACAACGAAUCAGCCUAUUCUUCCUCGCGGCCCAGCUUAAUCCUAGGGUGUCGACCGCCACCACGCAUCAGAACACCGGUACCAGGACUAGAUCUACUCGUCGCUUUCGACCGACGACGCGGAGGCGAUGAGGAAGCGAUGCCGGCGGCCAUCUCGUGGCGGCCACGAGGAAUGGAGAGAUUGGCCCAACCUGCCGUCAGAGCUCAUCGACGACAUCACCGGUCGGCUGCUCCGCCACGACGUGGCCGAGUACAUCCGCCUCCGCGCCGCGUGCAAGGAGUGGCGGAAGUGCACCGCGGACCCGCGGGAUGGCUCCUGCGGCCUGGACGCCCGCUUCCGGCCCCGCCAUUGGACCAUGCUGUCUAACGGCAUCUACGGCGCCGGCGACGACGAUGGCGGCCGCCGCCGCUUCUUCAACCUGACCACCCUCGCCUGCGUCCGCGUGGACCUCCCGGAGCUCUCCGCCCACCACAUCGAGGCCAGCGUCGAGGGCCUCCUGCUCCUGCGCGACGCGGCGAGCGCGAGCCACGGCGCGCGCCUGCUCAACCCGCUCACCAGGGCCAUCGUCGACCUGCCGCCCAUCACGCCCGACCUCGGCGCCGCCUACGCCGCCUGGGCGGGGCCGUUCUCCUCCCCCAGGCGCGCCGUCUACGCCGGCAUCUCCGACGAGACGUCCCCGCCGUCCGUCGUGCUCCACAUGGGGUCCAGGACCAUCGAUUCCGUCAUCGCCUACGCCAAGCCCGGCGACGAGCGGUGGGCGCCCAUGGACCUGGAGCGCUGUGGAGCCGUCCGCGCGUCGCCCCGCUGCUCGUCGGUGCUGACGCGGCGGGGGCGCGUCUUCUUCGAGACGCCGGCGGGGAACAUUCUGGCCUGGGCUGGUGCCUCAGCUGGCCGCGAACCGGCCCUUGAAGCAGUGCCACAACGUGAAGCCCUUCCUCGUCGAUCCAGAUUGUUGGAAUUGAUCUUGCGGUACAACAAACACAGAGAGAAACGAGGGAGACCAAGUCUUCCCCCACAGCCGUCCCUUGAUCGGAGGCACCAACGAACCAACUAAGGAACGACUUGGUUCCAGUCCCUAUUCUCUUGCAGCAGCUCGUUUGGGGAUUUCAUUUGGUUGAAAGGAAAUGAAAUCCAAUCUUGAUAUAAUUUCAUUUGGUUGAAUUUGAAUUUCAGGUUCAAUAAUAAUGUUUACAUGUAUUAGUACAAUGAGAGACAAUUUCAGAAAAAUGACGCCUUUUAGAGAAAAAUUGGGUUGGUUGUAGUAUGAUUUCAUGAAAUUUGAAAUUAAAUUACUGUUGCCAA